AUGGCCCAAGCCAUCGUGGAGAGGGCAUGCGCGAAGCUCAGAUCCGCCAUAGGAGAUGAAGCCGUGGUGCGUUUGAACUUUACCACUGACCUGCAUGAUUUGUUGGAGGCGCUGGAGGACAUCCAGCCGUUUCUGGACAAAGCCGUGAUGCGGCCGUUCCGGGAUAGCUGGCUGUCGCUUUGGCUGGGGGGUGCCUUGAACGCCGCCUACAAGACCAUAGACACUGUGGAUGAGCUGCAGGACGCGAGAUCUGCAACGAUGACGAGAAGGAUGAAGAAUGCAUUGGCCAUCCAGGUGCAGGAGGCGAAAAAACUAGUGAUGUGGGCAUAUGAGCAGUCGCCUGAGUUAUCAUACUACUUCACGGAAAACCCCAUGCUCCACGGAAUUGCUGAUGUGGAACGAAAAACCGGACCAGUUUUUGAGGAAGCAAUGGUUCUGGAAAGAGGAUCAGAUAAACAGAGGAUAAUGGCCACCCUGCUAUCUACUGAGCCCAACACCAUGCAAGAGCACAUCACCAUUCUUCCCAUCUUUGGGCUUGCAGGCAGCGGCAAGACAACCUUGGCACAAAUGGUUUUUAAUGAUACCCACUCCGUCCAAGGCUAUGACUUCCGAGUAUGGAUUCAUGUGUUUACCAGGUUUGACUUUCAUGCAAUAGGCAACUCCAUUAUUUGUCAGGUGUUAGGAAUGGGACAAGAAGAGAUCAACCAUUCUUCUUCAGACGUGCAGGGGAUGGAAAGUAUAAUGAAGCGCCUUCACAAGCUACUUAAUGGUAAGAAGGUGCUCCUUGUUUUGGAUAGCUUGUGGGAGGAGGAUCCCAUUCAGUUACAAUUGUUGAAAUCCAUGUUAACUUUCUUGGGAGACAAGAUGGACGUAAUAGUAACCACAUGCAACCAAGCCAUUGCCAGGAAGAUAUGCACUGUUGAGCCAUAUAAGCCAAAUCGGUUGAGUGAUGACAUGUGUUGGAAAAUAAUCAAGGAUUUUAUCCCACCAUUCAAAGGGGGAGAAGAAGAGUUGGAGAAGAUUGGACGGGAGAUCGCAAGCAAGUGCCAGGGUAUACCAUCAGUAGCUCGAGCAUAUGCACCCCUGCUAGCUUCUUCCCGAAAUACUAUGACAUGGAAAGAAGCCAUGGAAAGGAAUACUUGGCUUGCAAUUUUGACUUCUCAUUUAGUAGUUCCCUUAGCCGUUUCAAGUUUCCAGCUAAGCUUCUGGAGUAUGCCACCAAAUUUGUGUCUAUGCUUUGCUUAUUAUUGUGAUAUCUUCCCAACCAGACACACUAUAUUCAAAGAUGACCUGGUUCAUCACUGGAUUGCUCUCCACCUCAUUGAGCCAUCUGAAAUAUUGUCUGCCACGCAGAUAGCUGAGGACUAUAUUACCAGGCUUCAGGACAUGUCAUUCCUUCAAACUGCAGAGUUGGACCACGCUAGUGGAAAAGACGAUAAGGGUGCAAUCUUGUUCACUAUGCACGAUGUGGUGCACGACCUUGCGACAGUGCUCCUAAAAAGGUACAGUAUUAGUCGAAGGGCAACGCGCUGUGUUGAUUGUAGCAGAGUGGAGUUUAACAGUGACUCAUUUUCACGUAAAAAAUGCAUACGUGUUCUGGAACUAAAGGACAGCUCCGUGCAGAAGCUACCGGACUCCAUCUGUCAACUGAGGCACCUGGGGUAUCUUAUGAUAUCAGAAUUCACUGGGUUGACAACUCUGCCAGAGUCCCUUGGGCAUCUGAAAAGUCUGUUCCAUAUUGAUUUAUCAGGCUGCUCCAGGCUUGCAGCUCUUCCGGAAUCAUUUGGAGAUCUCAUAAACUUGACCCAUGUCAAUCUAUCUCGAUGCCAUGGACUGGCAGAGCUUUCAGAACCACUCCAGAAGCUCCGCAAACUGGUAUACCUGGAUUUAUCGUUCUGUUCUUGUUUUGAAGGGAUAGGGGAAGGCCUUCGCCGCCUCACCAAUCUGGAGCAUUUGAACUUGUCGAAUCCUUGCUGUUAUGUUGCUCAACACCAUUCUCAUCUCCAGGGGCUAAAAGAUGGUUUGUGCAAGCUCACCAAACUCCGGUAUCUGAACUUGUCAAUGUGCCUGAACCCUAUCUUUUACUGCCACAAGUCGCAAGAGGACAGUCUCAAAUACCUUCAAGAGUGUGUCAGCGGUCUUUCUAGGCUAGAGCAUUUGGACCUGUCUCAUAACACAUUUCUUUUUGAUCUGCCUGAAAGUCUAGGUAACAUCAGCAGGCUACACACACUGGAUCUCUUAGGCUGCAUCAGAAUCAAGAAGGUAGGUGAAACGAAGUGUCUCAAGAUUAUAAUAGAUCUGAGCAAAUGCCGGGGUCUGGAAAGUUGCCAACUUGUAGUCCGUGUUGAUGAAGUGGCAUGCAGCAACACAAGCAGCCUUGCCCAACUCGAGGUUGUGGACUGUAAAGAGCUGGAGAUAAGCUGCCUUGAGAGGCUGAAGUCUCUGGACGAAGCACGGAGGAUAAGAUUAGUGGAGAAACAAAAGGUAGAAAGGUUGAAGCUCUGCUGGACAGUUGGUGCCGCUCAAGGAUCAAUGCAGGUGGAGGAAAAUGCUCUGUUAGGAGAACUAGUGCCACCACAUUCUCUACAGUGCCUCCAGAUAUGUGGCUAUGGUGGCGAAACCUGCCUCCCUGCCUGGCGGAUACCAAGCAUAUCAUAUCAUCUCCGUAAUCUUACAGAGGUUACCAUGGAGGACUUCUCGAGGUGCAUUGUACUGCCGCCGCUGGGUCUGUUUCCAAACCUCCAGCGCCUUGUUCUCAGAAGGAUGGCCAGAAUCACAAGGAUCGAUGCCGGUGAACUGAGUGGAGGCAACAAAGAGGCAUUCACUCGACUCUCCAAAUUCACCAUAGAUGAUAUGGAGAACCUGAAAGAGUUUGAGUUUGCCGCUGUUGAUGAGCUGGCGAUUCAGAAAUGCCCCUUGUUGAGCUGUGGAUCUCUACCACCCAGAGCUCAGAGGUUGCUGAUAUCAGACUGUGAGCAACUAAUGUCUUCAUCGGUAGGAGGAAUAGAUGGUGUGGAGGGUCCUUCUGCUCCAGUAACUGAACUGGUGGUCCAAACCUGCAACUUGGCUUUAGGUGACUGGAGUUUGCUUCACCACCUCCCUGGUCUCUGCAGCUUGACUAUCAACAACUGCUACAAUCUAACCAGCUCACCGGAGAUUAUCAGCGCCCUGUCCUCUCUCCAGUCACUAUGUUUCUAUCAGUGCCAUGAGCCUAUGGAAUCACUACCAGUGUUCUUGUGUGACCUCACCUCCCUCCAGCAACUUGCGAUCGAUGAGUGCCAUGGCGUUCAAUCUUUGCCGGAGGACAUGUUAGCCAAGCUAACUAGCCUCGAAGCUCUGUAUAUUUGGGACUGUCCUGAAUUGAAGGAGUGGUGUGAAUCAGAGGAGAACAAACAGAAGCUCGCUCACAUCCUAAUAAAAUUUGAAAAAUUUGGUACGAGCAAGACUGGCGUGCAUCCCCCAGAAAUGUAA